AUGAGUAACAAACUACUUAGCGAAGGAGAACUUACCAAAAAAUACCCUAAACAAGCAGAAUUAUUAAAAGCCUUAGAAAUAAAUAUCUUAAAAGGUUAUCCAAACUCUCUCGCAAGUAAUAUCACAAUACCAGAGCUAGAGAAUUGUCAUGAAUGUAAUAAAGAAAUUUUGUUAAAUCCACCCAAAGCAUUUACCAUGCUCAUGUAUAAUGAAGAAAUGGCAUCAGCUAAAGUUCAGAAUGUAGAUAUGUCAGAGGCAAUUAAGGAUAAAGUAAAAAAGUUAUCUGUAGAUAGUGGUAAAGUUAUUCCACGAAGUGAAACAAAAUCCAUAAAAUCUAAUAAAUUACAAGGUUUAAUAAAAGAACUAUCUAUGCCAAGUGAGCCAAUUGAUGAUAAUAAUAGAGAAAAUAAAAGCAAAGAAUCAAAACCAAUAACUUUACUCCAGUUAUACUAUAAUGCAAACCAGACAGAAAACAUUUAA